AUUUUAUUUCUGGGACACAUCUCAUGAUCACUACAUAAUUCGCAUCCCUACAAGGACAAACUUUGAGACGUACCAGACGGCAUUUAGUAUGCUAUGUGCCAUAUAAUGAUAGUACAAAUAAAACAAUAUUGAAUCACCAGUCUCUUAAGUGUGUCAGUGCGAUACCUUCUUGACACGCUAUCCCUGUGUCGUCGGUUCGUUGAUUCCAGGCUCGUCUGCAUUUUUCCGCGGGAGUUUUAUGUUGACGACGUCCAAGUAAGCUAAGCUCUCAAGGACAUCUCCGAGGAUGAGUCGAAUGACCAAAACAUUGCGAAGUGUCAAAGAGGACUGGAAGGUAAAUUUAGCACCAAAUGGAUAUGGAAGAAGCAUCUCCUGACUUAUCUGCCAUUGAGAAGGACAGCAUUUUCCAGGAUGACCAGUUCAAUAACGACGGUAGCAACCCACUUCACAGUACUGCGAUGGAGGAUGACUUCAGUCCAGUGCUGACCCAUCAGAAGGCGACGCCAGCUAGAAGAGUGGGGAGGCAGUCCGUGGCGGAAAGAACAGAGACACCACGCCGGGUCUUGGGAACGCACAGAAGGUCGAGCGCUGCCAAACAGGAGAAGGCCAAGGAGAAAGGCUCACAGAGUACAAACUCUGCCUUCAAAACUCCGUCCGUGCCCCCCUUGUUGGAAAGGGUGCCCUCCAAACCCAAAGCCAUGCCACUGCGGAAGAUCUCUGAGGAGACAGAAGAGACGUCAGCAUCCGCUUCACAGGGUACAACAGAGGCGUCAGCAUCUGCUUCACAGGGUCCAUCUACUACAGGAGGAGACUCAUCAGAGGAGUCAGACAGCGAGGGGCCGUCUGAUGAAGGUGACGGUCAUUCUUCACCUGUCAGAGGAAAGAAUCAGCGUGCCCGGCGCUCGCAGGGGGAGGUGGGGGGCUCUGGCACAAAGUCCGGAGGGCAGAGGAUGUCACAAGGGUCGUCUGUAGCGGAAACACAGAAAAAGAACAGGAAGUCCAGCGGCAGAGUACCACUGCAGAAGAUCCCUGAGGAGAAUGAGCUGCAACAAGGGACAUCCGCAUCAGCUGAAGACCCAGACACAGACAGUGACAUCCUCUCGGAUGAGAACAGUGUGUACGUCCCGCCCAGAAAGAAGAAGAGCCGACUCAUCCAGUGCUCUCAGGAACAGGAGGAGGGAGAGUCCAGCGUGCCACCAAAGAAGAAUGCAAGAGGGCAGAAGAAGUCCCGCUCAUCCUCCGGCAGCAGAACAAAGCAAAGCAGGAAGUCUUCAUCUGGCUCCUCAGACGCUGCCGCUGGAGUGAAGCGGAGGAGACCGAAGGUGCGAUACCCCAUUGACCUUGAGGUGGUGCUGGAGGCCUUUCAGGAUUUUGUUGAGGAGUACAAGGAAACGGUGGAUUCUAAUGCGGUUCAGAAGGCAAUAGAUCAUAUGGCAGAGUCUUUUGUGGAUCAGUUGACCGAGGUGAUCACUGCAACCAAAGAACUAACUACUGUCAAAAAGAAAAAUGUGAAGCUGAACACCGCCAUUAACAGUAAGCGGGCAAAGUUGGUCGACGCCAAAAACGAGCUCAUACAGAAUGAGGCCAAGCUGAGGGCAUUGGAGAAGGAGCACCAGCAGCUGGAGCAGAGGCUAACAGACCUCACCAAGGGCAUGUCCCUCCUCAACGGCCUGACCGACCUUCACACCAAGUACCUGGACUACUGCCAGGCCCAUCCUAAAAAGACAGAAUCGUACGGGCCUACCAGUUUGCCUGCUCUGCUCAUGGAGACCAGAUGCAUGCUGGGAGCUGAGCACCAACUAAAGACCGUCAACGCUAAGCUUCAGCAAGUGUUAGAUAAUGUGGACCAAAAGUGAGGUAUUGGAGCAAUCCAGGGUCAAUCGCCUCUACUACACAAAUGUACCACAGGCUUCAGAGCUUCCCAUGCUAGAAGUGUUGCAUAGUAUCAGGAGUUGAUAUGUGAUAUUGCAUAGUAUCAGGAGUUGAUAUGAUGUGAUAUUGCAUAGUAUCAGGUGUUGAUAUAAUGUGAUAUUGCAUAGUAUCGACGAUGGUCAUGUGUUGAUCUGGUGUGUUGUUUAUCAGAUUAACAGAUUAUUUAUGUUUAUCUGUUUGUGAAAAUUCUCUCUUUUGUAUAUAGGUCUGUACUCCUUGGUAACUCUGUGUUCAGUAUGUACCCUCUAAAAAGAAGUCCAAUAAUAAACAUAGUUGUGUCUAUAUAUG